ACGAAGAGAAGUCGUUGACGUAAGCUAGCAGUCAAGCACCCAGUUUCUGUCUCUUUGCAACAGUUUGCAUUAACGAGGAGAAUGCAGUGUUUGAACGGAGCACCGCGCUGCCUCCUAGCCCUCCCUGUGCUGGUGGCUCUCGCCUCUCUGUGCGUUUGCAGGGCGGAGGUCGGGGGGUUCACGGCAUGCUCUCUGUUUUUCUACAAUAAGCUCCCCCCGACGGGACUGGAGGGAGACGGCACGGCGCAGAUCUGCCAGCGCUACUGGAACCGAUACCACUUCGCCAGCCUGUACGACAGGAGGCGACGCACUCCGCUGUAUUCUGCCUAUAUCUUUUCACCGGAGGGGGGAACGCGUCCCAAAAUUAAGUGGAUGUAUGAACCACAGCUUGCUUAUUCCAAAGCAGGUCCAGACAUGAUGCCUUUUCCACGCGGCCCCAUUGAUCAAAACGUUGUGGAGAGCCAAGCGGUGAUAGUGGACUACACAAACUCCAUGUACACCAAGGGCCACCUCAACCCCAGCCUGCACCAUAGUGACAUCGGGGACAAAAACGCCACCUUCACCCUCACCAACAUCGUGCCCCAGAAAGAAGGCUCCAACGAUGGACCGUGGGCUGAAUUCGAGGGGCAAACCAGUAAUCUGCUCACUAAACACUGCACAAAGGAAGCUUAUAUUGUAACCGGGAUCAUUCCUUAUGAAACUGACCGCUGGAUCAAGAAGGACAGGGUAGCCAUCCCAGAGUAUCUGUGGUCUGCCUACUGCUGCCCCUCUUACAAGGCUGAGAAUGCCAACCUCACAUCGCUCAGUCUUUCCAGUCUUGCUGCCAUUGGCCGCAACGACCCCAACAGCACUGAAGAGAUUGUGCCUAUAGACAAGAGGCAGGGCAAGCGCUGGAGAGGCUACGAUGUGAGGCGGAUGUCACUGAAGACACUGGAGAUGUAUCUCAAGCAGAGAUAUGGUUCAGCCAUCAGUGUAUUCGAUAACGGGUGUUCCCCCUGAGGAAACAGAGGUGCUGUAGCUCACCAACAGAGGGAAAUUCAGGAAAGCUGGAAAAAUAUUGGCUCAGAGCUAUGGAUUCUAAACCUUCAUUAGGGUUAUUUUUGUCUGAAAGAAAAAAAAAACACCAUUUAUACUUCUAAGAUGAUUAAGAAACCAUGGUAACACUUUAAAUUAAGUGUCUGUAAUUACUGUGUAGUUCUAUAAUAGUUACUUAGUAAAUACAUGUGUACUUAUGAAUAAUUACAAUGUUAUUAUGCAUAGUUACAAUAUACAACUUUUUUGCACGGUAUAAGCCUGAUCCUAAACCUUUUCUCCUACAGUUAUGUACUUACAUAUAUCGUGCAAAACCAUUUACACAUUAAGUACAUUUUUAAUUAUGCAUAAUAGCAUUUAAAUGAUGUGUAAGUACACAUUUAUUUACUAAGUAAUUGCUAUGUAAAUAUUAGAGACAUUUAUUGUAAGGUGUUGCUGAAUAGAGCUAAUAACAUUUUGGAGUUAAUAGAUUUGAAAAUCUAGCCUCUAGACUCUAUGUAACUAGAGGACAUGCUGUACAGCUCACUGUAACCCCUCUGACAGUGUAGACAUUGAAGGUAGAACAACGAUUUAAAAAUGAAAUUAUUCUCUCGUCCAGCAGUCGUUCGUGGGAUUUGGUUUCCGAUUCUUACUGUGUUUCCGUUUUUCAAUCACAUCCUUGAAACUUAUUUUUACAAAGUUUGAGUUCAGCAAGGUUCAUAGCAAUAUGUGCUGUACAGCAAGUCCUCUAGUUAGUGAAACGCAUGUGAUUAUACGUCUUAAUUAUGAUAAAAUAAAAAUGUGCACAAUGACAAGUAAUUUGAGUAAUGUAAAGUCAUUUUAAAUAAAUAGCUAAAAGUUGUAAUUGGUUAUUUGAACGAUUUAUGAAAUUUGCUGAUGAUUUUGAAGUAAUUCUUGCUAUUUUUUGUUAAUUGAUUUACUUGAUGUUUGUAACAACAACAUUAAUAAAUGUGUUUGUAGCCACUUUUUUUGUAUUUGUUCAUUUCUUUUAUUUUGUGAAGGUUGAUCUGUAAUGUAUACUAAAUGGCUAAAUUUUAGCAAACACUGGUGCAGGAAUUAGA